AAUAUUUAUUUAGUUAAACAAAAAAUAACUUUUUAAUUUAUUUUUUUAAAUAUGAGAACCUCUAGGGUGGGUGACUCAGAUUUUUUUCAUCAACUUUUAUCCAUAAUAAUGAAUAAUGCUGGUUGAUUUUUCCAUAUAUUAGAAAAGGCAAGUCUAUAAAGAAAAAAGAAAAAAAGAAAAAAAAGGAAAAGUAGAUGCUCUGCCACACUCUGGAAAGGCAAAACCAUGAGAAUUAUAACUACUCAAUUCUUUUUUUUUUUUUGUCUUUUAAUUUUUUUUUUAUUUUCUAUGAUAUUAGCAAUUUUUUCAAUUGAUUUUUAUUUAAAAGGGAAGGUUGUGCAAGUAACUCCAGGCGAAAAUUACUCUCCUCCAUGAUCCCAUAUUUAGUUUUUAUCCAUAACGUACAUUAACACAGAGAUGCCUCAUUCCUUUCUUUCUCGCACGUUUCUUGUAGAAGUCUUGUGUUCUUCCCAUUUCAAAGACUCCUCUUUUUUAUUUUAUUCAUUAAAUUUCUUGUCUUUCUCUCUCUUGAAACAAAGGGUAUUGGGUUCCAUGUCUUGUAUCCUUGUUGUUGAAGAGAAAAUAAAUAAGGGGUUGCAUAUAUUCUGGUCUAGAGAGAUAGAGAGAUUAGAGAACAAAAGAUGUUGCAGAGAGCUGCAAGCAAUGCUUAUUCAUGGUGGAUGGCAAGCCACAUCAGAACUAAGCAAUCAAAAUGGCUGGAACAAAACCUUCUAGAUAUGGAAGAGAAGGUCCAGACUAUGCUCAAACUCAUCGAAGAGGACGGAGACUCCUUUGCAAAGAGGGCAGAAAUGUAUUAUAAAAGGCGGCCGGAGCUGAUAUAUUUUGUGGAAGAAUCUUUCAGAGCAUACCGAGCCUUAGCUGAACGGUAUGAUCACAUAUCAACAGAGCUACAAAAUGCCAAUAAUACCAUUGCUUCUGUGUUUCCAGAGCAAGUUCAAUUUAUGGAAGAUGAGGAAGAUCGUGCCCCACCAAGAUUCCCAAAGAAGUCUCAAGAAGCCUCAAAAACAAAUGUCCCAAAGGUUCCAAAGACUCCCAAAGAGGUAAAGGGUAUCUCACACUCAGCACCGAAGAAUUUACAAUCGAAGAAGUCGAUGAAAACAACAAAUUCUGCUAAUGUUCCAAAAUCUGGUUUAAGCAAAUCUAAAGGGCUUAAGGAGAUUGACAAGCUGCAGAAAGAAAUCCUGACUUUGCAGACUGAAAAGGAAUUUGCGAAGAGUUCUUAUGAGGGUGGGCUAGCAAAGUAUUGGGAAAUUGAUGAGAAAAUCAGGGAAAUGCAGGCUAAGGUUUGUAGUUUACAAGAUGAAUUUGGCUCAGGCACAGUCAUUGAAGAUGAUGAGGCACGGGAAUUGAUGGCUUCAGCAGCCUUGAAAUCAUGCCAGGAGACAUUGGCUCGGUUGGAGGAGAAACAAGAGAAAUCUGUAGGAGAAGCAAUGGUUGAGGGCAAACGGAUUAAUGAUGCCAGGGAGAAGUUGAAGUCUCUCAAAGAUGAGUUUCUCAAUGGUGAGAUCAAUCAUGAAAAGCCAAAAGCCAAAGAUAAACCUAAGAAGGCAGUUAGGGAGUUGAAAAACUUAGACCAAGAACCGAGCAUUGUCACACAAGAGAGGAAGGAUUUGGAAAAGUUAAGUGCAAAAAUUAAGGAACACCUUGAGGUGGAAUCUAAUGCAUCUCUCAGUGUGACAGAACUUGCAGAGACGAUUGACGGGCUUGUGAACAAGGUGAUUAGCUUAGAAGCUGCAGUUUCAACACAGACGGCACUCGUACAGAGAUUGAGAGCAGAGACAGAUGAUCUUCAAGCACAAAUUGGAAUUUUGGAGGAUGACAAGGCAACAUUAAUCAAUGGGAAAAAUGAUCUGAGAGAAAAGCUGAAGGAAAUGGAGGUAAAGCUGCUUGGACUUCAGGAAUUAAACAGAAAUAUUGAAGACCAGAACAAUAUUCUUCAAACAAAUUUUACUGAAACACACUAUAAUCUUGGUCACAUAUCGGAUAAACUGCAUGAUUUGAAGCCAGAUGAGGAGCAUCAGGCCACACCACAGACAGAGCGGAAACCUCUGGUUGAAGUUGAACCACAACAAGAGGUCAGAAAACAAGAACGUGCAGUGAAUGGUGAUGAUAAUCUCCAUGGACAAGAAGGUGCACUGCAAGGUAAUGGUAGCCUCCAGGCCACAUCACAGACAGAACCGAAGCCGGUUGAAGUUGAACCACAACAAGAGGUCAGAAGACAAGAAGGUGCAGUGAAUGGCAAUGAUAGCCUCCAUAAACAAGAAGGUGCACUGCAUGAUAAUGAUAGCCUCCAGGCCAUACAACAGACAGAACAGAAACCUCUGGUUGAAGUUGAACCACAACAAGAGGUCAGAAGUCAAGAAGGUGAAGUGAAUGGUAACAAUAGCCUUCAUAGACAAGAAGGUGCACUGCAUGGUAAUGAUAGCCUCCAUGAGGAGCAGAAAAUAAAUUCAGAAGAGAAGAGCGAGGUUUUAGGUAAACAACAUAUAGAUGUCGAAAGACAAGAAGGUGCAUGGCAUGGUAAUGAUGACCUCCAUGAACUGCAGAAAACAAACUCAGAAGCGGAUAGCAAGAAUUUAGGUAAACAACAAGGUGAUAAAAGGCAAGAAGGUGCACAGAAUGAUAAAGGUCACCUCCAUGAACCACAGAAAUUGAAGUCAGAAGAAGGGGACAAGGUUUCAGGUAAACCACGUAAAGAACUCAGAAGACAGCAAGUUGCACUGUCCCUUAAUGACAGUCCUAAUGAAUCACAAGAGCAACUCAAGGUUCCAGACUCCUUGCAGAAAGAGAAGAAUCCUACUGCUGAAGUCAAUUCACAGGCAGAGUCAAAGGAGCGAGAAGAAAAACUUGAUAAGGAGGAGCUCAAGGUCUCACAAUCUUCACAGAAAGAAAAGGAAUUUUCUGCAGAAGUCAAUUUGCAGGCUGAGUUGAAAGGACAAGGAGUAGAAUUUAAUCUAGAGGAUCCUAAGGUUUCAGGUAGAUCACGUGACGAAGAAGUGCAUGGAGACAUCAACAGACAAGAAGAUGCAUUGAAUGACAAAAAUGACCUUCACGAACAAGAGAAAUUGAAGUCAGAAAAGGAGAACAAGGUUUCAGGUAAACCACGCAAAGAACUCAGAAGACAGCAAGUUGCACUGUCCCUUAAUGACAGUCCUAAUGAAUCACAGCCUGUGGAGCUACAAGAGGAACUCAAGGUUCCAGACUCCUUGCAGAAAGAGAAGAAUCUUACUGCUGAAGACAAUUCACUGGCAGAGUCAAAGGAGCUAGAAGAAAAACUUAAUAAGGAGGACCUCAAGAUCUCACAAUCUUCACAGAAAGAAAAGGAAUUUUCUGCAGAAGUCAAUUUGCAAGCUGAGUUGAAAGGAGGAGGAAUAGAAUUUAAUCCUGAGGAUUUCAAGGUUUCAGGUAGAUCACAUGACGAAGAAGUGCACUGCGACAUCAACAGACAAGAAGGUGCUCUGAAUGAUAAAAAUGACCUCCAUGAACCACACCAAUUGAAGUCAGAAAAGGGGCACAAGGUUUCAAGUAAACCACGUAAAGAACUCAGAAGACAACAAGUUGGCCUGUGUCUUAAUGACAGUCCUAAUGAAUCACAACAUAUGGAGCUACAAGAGAAACUCAAGGUUCCAGACUCUUUGGAGAAAGAGAAGAAACUUCCUGCUGAAGUCAAUUCACAGGCAGAGUCAAACGACCGAGAAGAAAGACUUAGUACAGAGGAACUCAAGGUUUCAGAAUCUUCACACAAAGAAAAGGACUUUUCUGCAGAAGUCAAUGGGCAUGCUGAGUUGAAAGGACAAGGACAAGAACAAGAAGAAAAACUCAAUCCUGAGGAUGUCAAGGUUUCAGGUAGAUCACAUGAAGAAUCCACAGGACGAGGAAGUGCACUAGGUCCUGACGGCAUUCUUGAUGCUCCACAAGUGAAGUCAGCUGGGGAGAUCGGGGUUUUAGUUUCUUCACAUAAAGAAAAGGCUACAUAUGAGAAAAAGGAAGAGAUAAAAGAACAUGAUCUCAGCAUCUCUAACAGAAAUAGGGGAGAAGAUGCAAGUCUGCUGCAGACAAGUGGUGAAAUUGAUGAUCCUUUGGAGAAAUCUCAUGACAUGAACCUGGAUGAAAAAGUUGAUAAGCAAGAUUCAGCAAAGGCUGUGGAAAAUCUCCUUUUUGAAACACUGCAGGUGAUAGAGCAAGAUGAUGAGCCAGACUGGAAGCAUUUGUUCAUGAAUGGUUUGGGAAAUAGAGAAAAAAAUCUGCUGAAUGAAUAUACUACAAUUCUUCGGAGCUAUAAAGAAGCCAAGAAGCAGCUUGCUGAUGCAGAAAACAAAAAUGGGGAUGACCUCUUUGCCAUAAUGUUGCAGUUAAAAGAACUGAGGAGUGCUAAUGCAAAGAAGGAUGAACAUAUCAAAAUCUUAACUCAGAAGCUGAGCCUUCUCCAAAGGAGCUUGGGUGAAGACAAUGGAUCUGAAAAAUCGACAGAAUCCCAAAAAUUAGAAAGAGAAGAGAUAGAUGAUGUCGAUCUGAUGAUGAUGGAGCAGCCAGAAAUUUCACCGAUUGAGGAAAAAUUCCGGACAAGCAUUGAUGAACUGCUAGAGGAGAACUUAGAUUUCUGGUUAAGAUUCAGUACUACAUUGUAUCAAAUUCAGAAAUUUGAAACUGAAAUCAAAGAUUUACAGUCCGAGUUGUUGAAACUUGAGGAAAAAAGGAAGCAAGAUAGUAGCACUAAUGCAAAGUAUUCUCUGAAAUCAGAUGCAAAACCGCUAUACAAGCACCUCCAAGAGAUUCACACUGAAUUAGCAGUCUGGAUAGAAAAAGGUGUGCUGCUGAAGGAUGAACUGAAGAGCAGAUUCUCAUCCUUGUGUGACAUUCAAGAAGAAAUAACUGCCGCUUUGAAGGAGAGCGCAGAAGACGAUGACUUCAAGUUUACAAGCUACCAAGCUGCAAAGUUCCGAGGUGAAGUUUUGAACAUGAAACAAGAGAAUAACAAGGUUGCAGAUGAAUUGCAGGCGGGGUUGGAUCAUGUUACUACACUCCAGCUGGAAGUUGAAAACACUCUGGCAAAGUUGAAUGAGGAAUUCAAUCUUGGUGAAUCAAAGAAUCACCAAAAUAUCGAACUGGAGCACUCAGACAGCCGGGCUGGAGUUCCUUUGCGGUCGUUUAUCUUUGGUAACAAACCAAAAAAGCAAAAGCAUUCAAUACUCUCCUGUGUCCAUCCUGUACUGCAAAAGAAAUACAAUGGUUUCAGGACAGGGAUGAAUAAUUGAUUGCUUUUAAUGGUUUACUGCUUUAGUCUUUUUUUUUUUUUUUCUAAAUGUUUAUUUUCAAGAAGCUGAAGCUUCACCUUGAUUGUGGCAGGCAAUGAUUUUGUUGUGAUAGAGAUGUUUAUAGUUAAUGAAAACAGCAGGAAUAUUUCAGCAAUUUCAAAUGGAAUUAUUUUUUAUUUUAUUUAUC